CAUCAUGACCAUCAAUGCUUACACAACAAUAGUAGUCAUGGAUAUCAUUGUUUUGAUUGUCAAAGUGGUUACUAAAAUCGAAACAGUUUCAAACCUCAACAAAACGGACACAGGGACGGACGUACAUUUUCUAGCUGACAUCAUAUUCCGCAAAAUGAAUCCAUUCGUCUUUGAUUUGGUUCCCGAGGAGUUUGGUGCCAUAACAGCGAAAGGUACAAACAAUAUGGUGCAUACGAUUGGAAAAGGCUUUUCGACCUUGAGACGUAAAUGCAAAAAACCAAAGGCUUCUAUAAAGGGACGUUCAAAGGAUGAGGAAGAGGACGGAAAAGUUAACCUCAAAUCCGUUAUGUCUGAAAGCGACGUCGAAUAUGACGACAUUCUUACUCCACGGGAACAAUGGGAACCCUCUAUCGAUAAGAAUACCAGUACAGUCGACACUGAAGUGCGGUUUCAUGAAGUAAUGAACACAGAUGACACUCUGAAAAUAUUCGAUUAUGAUUCAAAUGGCGCACUGAGAGGUAUUGAGAUGCAAAACAUAAACAAUGAUUAUUUGUCUGAAGCAGUAACAGAUGAAAUGGUAAAGAUCUUUAACUACGAUGAAGAUGGUUUAAAAAAACAAACAACAUAUGUUCCCCUCGGGAACGAUACACUGUAUGUACCAAAUCAACUCUACCACGAUGACAAUACGACGAUAUCUCCACACCAGCCAACAGAAAUAUUUACGAUCAAAAGUGACAUUAGAAAUGCAUUUAGUCGUUUAAUUCGACCGUCUUCUAGUUCCAGAGGAACACUCAGCAAAUAUUCUGAAACUUCAGAUACAAGCCAUACUUCCCAGGAAAACAGAAAUUCACCAUCGAGGGCAGGGCUGGAGCCAAAAUCGCCACCAAUUAAAAAGUCGAUGCGAAUAGGUCGCAAGUCCAAUAAAAUAGGGAUAGCACCACAUGAUGAUAACACGAUACAAGGUCCAAUUUCGUUAAAGCACAAACGAUCCGGUAAGCAUAUAUCAAGAUUCAACUUGAAGCGAUUCUCAACACUAUUAAAGAAACAUAAGCCGCCGACACUUGAUUUAGAAGAACCUGUGACAUACACAAAAUAUAUACCCGUAUAUGGGGAAGGGGCACGCCCUGCAAGAAGCGACGUCGCUGACAUUUCGAGAAAUGUCUACUUAGAUAUUAAUGCAUUGUUUAUCAAAACACGAAUUGCUGACAAAGCAGAUAUCAAGCUUCACAUGAUCGAAAACAUGAGACCUUCAAAAAGUGAAAGCGUCCUAAGCAAAGAAACCAAACUAGGGAGUGAACCCCUACGUCCAACACCAAGUCAUGACAAUAUAGAUUGCGCCAUGAGUUCAGCGCGCGUUGCGCAACAAUGGGUUUGGAGAAAGGCUCAACAUGAAAUUCCUAACAUCCUAGACCCUAGAUACGAAGACGUGAAUAAUAUAGCAUAUUGCAAGGUUGCAGCAAUGCAUAACCCUAAGUUCGAGGUUAAACUUUUGGUUAAGACACGUGAUGUUGAUUUCGAAACAGGAUUAUCCCAGCACCACAAAACUCUUGUACUGACGGCAACACUUCGAGCAUUCUUCUUCCCAUCAACCUCAAUAAGCAUACGCUGGGUUCAUGAUAUACAAGAUGCAAUAGAAGAACUCGUUUCAGAUGACUUCAUUCAGAAAUUUGCCGGGUCGUACGGAGUUUGGCAGUACAGCGCUGUACUUGCUUUAUCAAACAGCGCAGGGGUGUUAGUUCGGCACCCAUCUUUGGCAUUUUUAAGGAGCAUCACAUCCAUUCUUGGAAUAUCUAUGGGAAGGUUACUCAUUUUGGCUAAACCUGGCCCAAUUGAGUUCUAUCGCAAAGACUUUGUGGAACAUCGUGUAGAUGCUAUAACUCCCCCGGUUGAUGAUGGUCGUGAGAAAUACGCCCAUGAGUACGAAUAUUGAUCGAAUAAUACGAGAGACUGAGCUUUGUUUUUUAAGAGUAGAAACA